AUGGGUCCGACAAUCAUCGAGGAGAAAGAUUUAGAUGCUUUACAACAAAACGAUAUAUUAAUGGAGAACGAAGGAGAGCGGAAACUUCAAAAACAGGAAAUAUGGCUCAGUAAUAACAAUGUACCAGAUCUAUUCGAAAAAGGCAAACUCUUAGUGCAUUAUACCGGUAUCCAUUGGGUAUGUGCCAUGGUCAAUUUAAAUGAAAAAACAAUUAGUGUGUACGACUUCUUAUUUGAAAGUGGUGUAACUCCAUCCAUUGGACAAGUUAAAUUAGUUCGUUUCUUUCAUUAA